AGUAAUCAUCACCAACCUUCCUUCUUCAUCUCUCUAUUCAAAUAAUCAAAAACUUCGAUCUUCCGAUUUCGAUUUCGUCUCAUCUCCGCCUUCUCAGCAAUGAACUCCGCUUUACAUUUUGCUUUUCCGGCGGCGAAUCCAACUUUUGCCGGCGGAAUCCGACGCGGGAUUCCUUCUCCUCGAUUACUCUGUUCUCGCUUAAGAGUCUGCUCUCCUCCUCCUCCUUCUUCUUCAUCUCUCAAGGCAGAGUCGUGUUUAAAAAGAGACGUGCACAGACAAAGAAGCAGUCUUGAGUCAUCAAUGUUCUGUUACGACAAGCCCAUACCCGAAGAGAUCAUCGAUGAGCCUGUCGGAUUAUCCAUUUCAGAGAAAGAGAUUGGUGGUAAUAAGCGAUGCACUUGUUGUGAAGCUAAAGGUGCAUUGCUUUGUGCAACUUGCUCUGGAACAGGUCUUUAUGUUGACUCCAUCAUGGAGAGCCAAGGCAUUAUUGUUAAAGUCCGUUGCUUAGGUUGUGGUGGAAGUGGUAACAUUAUGUGUAAAAUUUGUGGCGGGCGUGGUCACUUAGGACACUGAUGAUGACUCUGAGGUUAAACUCUGUUUUCAAUCAUAUCAGCUUUUGUCAUCAAUAUACCUCUGAUCUUAUUGCAGAAUCCUACGUUUUUUAGUUCCGAAUAUAGAUUUGCGUCCCUGUACCGGUGUAAUGUAAUCUCAAGCCACAAAAUUCACAACCUUGUAACAGGCUUAGCUUCAUCUUCUCUUGUAAUGGUUUCGUAAAUGGCUGUGACUUAAGUCACUAAACCGUAAUGCAAGGAAUUCAGUAGUAUUUUUUUUACUU